UUGUAUAUAUAUAUAAACAACCUCCUUGUGUUAUUUAUUGUAUCCACCAUUUGCCAAUAUGGACCUCCUGCAACUUUGGUUCCUCAUCUCCAUUGCCACACCUCUGUGUUUUUCUCUCAACCUCCAACCGCAUACUAUUAAGCCAUCCAUCAGUUAUGGAAAUCAAUCAGUGAAGGAUGAUAUAGUGAGGAUGGCAAAGGAACCCAGCACAGCAAAUUGGAUGAAGGAUGUGAGGAGAGAAAUCCAUGAAAACCCAGAACUUGCAUUUGAAGAAACCAAAACAAGUGCAGUCAUUCGGCGUGAGCUUGAAAAACUAGGUGUUUCGUAUAGAUGGCCUGUGGCGAAGACCGGUGUGGUGGCAACUAUUGGCUCUGGUUCUUCUCCCUUUGUUGCUCUAAGAGCUGAUAUGGAUGCUCUGCCAAUGCAGGAAUUGGUGGAAUGGGAGCACAAGAGCAAAGUGGAUGGGAAAUUCCAUGCUUGUGGGCAUGAUGCACAUGUUGCAAUGCUACUUGGUGCUGCAAAGGUACUCAAACAAGUUGAAGAUAAAUUGCAGGGUACAGUUGUUCUCAUAUUCCAGCCGGCUGAGGAACGUGGGGAAGGCGCAAAGGACAUGAUCAAAGAAGGGGUACUUGACAAUGUGGAGGCCAUAUUUGGGAUUCACAUUGUGAAUAGAUACGCUAGCGGCGUAAUUGCAUCGAGGCCUGGAGAAUUUUUAGCUGGCUGUGGGAGCUUCAAAGCAAAGAUUAUUGGGAAAGGGGGUCAUGCAGCUCAUCCCCAACAGUCCAUUGAUCCAAUUUUGGCAGCAUCAGCAUCAGUAGUCAGCUUGCAAAGCAUUGUUUCUAGAGAAAUAGACCCUCUCGAUUCCGGGGUAGUAUCUGUAGCUAUGAUCCAAGCAGGGUCUGCAUUUAACAUCAUCCCUGACUCAGCUACAAUAGCUGGUACUUAUAGAGCUUUUAGUAAGAAGAGCUUCAAUGCUCUCAGCCAGAGAAUAGAAGAGGUUGUAAAAGGGCAGGCAGCUGUGCAUAGGUGCUCUGCUGAGGUAGAAUUUUUGGGGGAAGGACAUCCAAACAUUCCCCCUACCAUAAACGAUGAGAGAAUAUACGAACAAGUUCGAGGCUUAUCAAAUGAACUUGUUGGAAAUGAAAAUACCGAGUUAGCUCCUACCUUCAUGGGGAGUGAGGAUUUUGCUUUCUUCUUAGAAAAGGUACCUGGAUCAAUGUUCUUCCUAGGCACAAGAAAUGAGAAGAAAGGAGCUAUAUAUCCGCCGCAUAGUCCUUACUAUGUCAUUGAUGAAGAUGUCUUUCCAAUUGGUGCUGCAUUACAUGCUACCUUUGCCUAUUCGUUCCUGUCGAAUUCAUCUGGGAAGUUGCAUCUCCGUAUGUGAGAAUAUGUGGAUGUCCUUAGCUACCCCAAUUAUUUCAUUGAUUAUAGAUUCAUGUAGUUGCU